AUGAAGAGCCUUCAGCUUCUAUUUUUGCUCUUUGUAACGUUUUCUUCUGCGUUUCCUACAGCCCGAAAGAUGGACCCUGAAGAGAACAUGGCCCUGGCACAGGCAUAUCUCAACCAGUUCUACUCUCUUGAAAUAGAAGGGAGUCAUCUCGUUCAAAGCAAGAACAGGAGUCUCAUAGAUGGCAAAAUUCGGGAAAUGCAAGCAUUUUUCGGGUUGACAGUAACUGGACAGCUGGACUCAAACACUCUUGCGAUCAUGACGACCCCCAGGUGUGGCGUGCCCGAUGUGGGUCAGUAUGGCUACACCCUCCCAGGGUGGAGAAGACACAACCUCACAUACAGAAUCGUAAACUACACUCCAGAUAUGUCACGAGCAGAUGUGGAUGAAGCUAUCAGGAAUGGCCUAGAAGUGUGGAGCACGGUUACUCCACUAACGUUCACCAAGACUUCCAGGGGGAUCGCAGACAUCAUGAUUGCCUUUAGGACCCGAGUCCAUGGUCGGUGUCCUCGUUAUUUUGAUGGCCCCUUGGGGGUCCUCGGCCACGCCUUCCCUCCCGGACUGGGUCUGGGUGGAGACACCCAUUUUGAUGAGGAUGAAAACUGGACCAAGGAUGGAGCAGGAUUCAACUUAUUUCUUGUGGCAGCUCAUGAAUUUGGUCAUGCACUGGGUCUCUCGCACUCCAAUGAUCAAACAGCUUUGAUGUUCCCAAACUACGUCUCACUGGAUCCUAACAAAUAUCCACUUUCUCAGGAUGAUAUCAAUGGAAUCCAAUCCAUCUAUGGGAGUCUGCCUAAGGCAACUGCAAAGCCAAAGAAACCCACUGUCCCCCAUGCCUGUGACCCUGAUUUGACUUUUGAUGCUGUCACCACUUUGCGCAGAGAAGUAAUGUUCUUUAAAGGCAGGCACGUAUGGAGGAUCUAUUACGAUAUCACUGAUGUUGAAUUUGAACUGAUCUCUUCAUUCUGGCCAUCUCUGCCGACAGAUAUUCAAGCUGCAUAUGAGAACCCCAAAGAUAAGAUUCUAGUUUUUAAAGAUGACAACUUCUGGAUGAUCAGAGGAUAUGCAGUCUUGCCAGAUUAUCCCAAAUCCAUCCAUACCCUUGGUUUCCCAAGACAUGUGAAGAAAAUUGAUGCAGCUGUCUGUGACCACAGCAUAAGAAAAACCUACUUCUUCGUGGGCAUCUGGUGCUGGAGGUUUGAUGAAGUGACCCAAACCAUGGACAGAGGGUACCCACGGAGAGUGGUGAAGUACUUCCCAGGAAUCGGUCUCCGAGUUGAUGCCGCCUUCCAGCAUAAAGGAUUCUUCUAUUUCUUCCGUGGAUCAAAGCAAUUUGAAUAUGACCCUAAGGCAAAGAACAUUACCAGAAUGAUGAAAACCAAUACAUGGUUUCAGUGUAAAGAACCAUUAAAUUCAUCAUUUGAUUUUAGUGUCAGUGAGGAAGAAGUAUACUCAGGAGGAGUAGAGAUGUUUUAUCAUAAGAAUGUAUACUUGCUUAUUUUCAGUAUUGUUCGUGUGCUAAAAAACAUCGAUAGUUAUCAAUAA